CUACGGAUGGCGCCAUUACUGUUAAGGUUAUGAAGGAGAGAGGAAGCCACAGAUAUAUACAUAGCAUAAAGCUUUUUCAUUUCUUCUGACUCUUUUGCAUGCACAUGUCAAGUGAUUUACUCCCCAAUGUAGAAAAGUCUCUGCGCCCUCCGCAACGUACAAUCAUAUGUUCUCUUUCUGCAUAUGGAUGUGUAUAUAAAUAAUUAAACAGACAUCAGGACGGAAUUAGAAUUAUACCACACACACAACACAGGAAGAGAGAGAGAGAGAGAGAGACCGAUGGGCGAGAAUGAUAAUGGUUGUGUGAUGUCUGCAGCAGCAGAAGGGGCAAUAUUUGGAGAAGAAGAAGAAGAAGAAGAUAAAGAGACGCUGAAGAAGAGGAUAUCCAGCCACCCUUUGUACGCCUUGUUGAUUGAUAUACACAUCAACUGUCUCAAGGUUGGCUUAGGUGAUGAUGUUGGAGGGGUACAUGAUGCAACACCCACAGUGAACCAAACAAAAAAUGAGCUCAAUCCCACCACCGCCGAUUCAGACCUUGACGAAUUCAUGGAAGUUUAUUGCAAGGCACUAAGCAAGCUGAAGGAAGAGAUGGAGGAACCGCUGCAAGAAUCUGAAGCUUUCAUUGACGCCAUGUAUGUUCAACUCAGAGAGCUUGCUGUGGCACCAGCGGCCCCAGUCCCAAGCAUCUCUAAGUUUCAACAGAGAAUUACUUCUUCUUCUUCCGAGAAGAGCUAAUUAAUUAGGAAGUUAUGGCAAUGGAGGGAAGAAGAA